AUGGCGGAAUCACGUGAUUGGAAAGACUACACGCGAAAAACGGAAGUCAUUCACGAAACUAAAAAAACAACCGAAGAUUCUUUGUGCGAAUCCAUCGAGUGCGAUUUGACGGAUUUCCGUUUGAACGAUUUGGAAUCGGAAAUAUGUCGGUCUUUUGCUCUUUUGGACGUUCGCGGAGAGGGCGUCGUGUCGCUCGAAGAAUUGAAAAAAUUACUCGUUUCCCUCGGGAGAUUGCCACACGACGACGAGCUUGCCAACAUUGUACGAUACGCUUUGACCGAAGGCUGCGAAGAAAGCUACGGAAUGAAUUUCAAAUGUUUCAAAUCAUUCGUCAUGAAACAACUUUGCGUGCGAACGGAAGAGGAAGACGAACAACUUCGGAGAGCUUUCGAUAUUUUCGACGUGACGUCACCGCCGACGGGAAAAUUAAACGUCAAAGUUUUAAGGCAUCACCUCAAGAAACUGGGAGAUAAAUUGACGGAUGACGAAAUCGAUUUCCUAUACAGGGAAGAAGAUUAUUGGAUGCUCGACGAAAUCGAUACAAUCGAAUACGAGAAAAUAAUUUGCAAAUUAUUAGACAAACCAUGCGAUUCACAAUUUUUAGGCUGUUAA